UGACGUCAUACGAACGUCUCUAGCCAUGAAUAUUUAGCAAAUGUGAUUUGAUUUAUUAGUGACGAUUUUAGUGGACUCAUAUUAAUGUGUUUAGUGAAAUAACAAAAGAUGGAGACUGAACGGAUGAUAGAAGAUACAAUACCACCACAGGUGACGUCAUUGACAUGUCUGGACACGGGGGUGCGGCCGGCGCCGAGCAGCGCGGCGUAUACGGCCGAGAGAGACACAUGUCUGAAUCUAUUCUCACGGUGGAACGAAACAGAUCAGGUGGAAUUCGUGGAACAGCUCCUAGCACGAAUGUGUCAUUACCAACAUGGUCACAUCAACGCAUACCUCAAACCUAUGCUGCAGAGGGACUUCAUCAGCAUGUUGCCCAAGAAAGGUCUGGAUCACGUCGCCGAGAAUAUACUGUCGUAUCUGGACGCGGGGUCGCUGUGCGCCGCCGAGUUGGUUUGCAGAGAGUGGCAACGGGUCAUAUCUGAAGGGAUGCUGUGGAAGAAACUCGUCGAGAGGAAAGUGCGCACAGACUCGCUGUGGCGAGGUCUCGCCGAGAGGAGAGGCUGGAUUCAGUACCUGUUCAAACCAAAACCAGGAUGCCACCACCCGUCACAUUCGUUCUACAGACAGCUGUACCCCAAGAUAAUUCAGGAUAUAAGGUCUAUUGAGGACAAUUGGAGAAUGGGCAGACACAACCUACAGAGGAUAAAUUGCAGAUCAGAGAACUCAAAAGGUGUUUACUGUCUACAAUACGAUGAUAACAAGAUUGUAUCCGGUCUCAGAGAUAACACAAUUAAGAUUUGGGAUCGGAAGACAUUGCAGUGUGUAAAGGAAUUACAAGGUCACACAGGGUCAGUGCUAUGUCUGCAAUAUGAUGAGAGAGCCAUCAUCUCAGGGUCUUCAGACAGCACCGUCAGGGUAUGGGAUGUGAACACCGGUGUGAUGCUGAACACCCUGAUACAUCAUUGUGAGGCUGUACUGCAUCUCAGGUUCUGUAACGGCAUGAUGGUCACGUGCAGUAAGGACCGAUCGAUAGCUGUAUGGGAUAUGACGUCGACAACGGAGAUUCUUCUCCGGAGAGUGUUGGUGGGGCACCGAGCAGCCGUCAACGUGGUAGACUUCGACGAGAAGUAUAUCGUCAGCGCCAGUGGAGACAGAACUAUAAAGGUGUGGAACACGUCGUCGUGCGAGUUCGUGCGGACGCUGAACGGACACAAGCGCGGCAUCGCGUGCCUCCAGUACAGAGACCGACUCGUGGUCUCCGGCUCCUCCGACAACACCAUCCGCCUGUGGGACAUCGAGUGCGGCCAGUGCAUCCGCGUGCUGGAGGGACACGAGGAACUCGUGCGGUGUAUACGGUUCGACAACAAGCGCAUAGUGAGCGGUGCGUACGACGGCAAGAUCAAAGUCUGGGAUCUGCCGGCAGCACUGGACGUUCGCACCCCGCACCAGGACUUGUGUUUGCGAACCCUCGUGGAGCACACCGGCCGCGUGUUCCGGCUACAAUUCGACGAGUUCCAAAUCGUGUCGUCCUCGCACGACGACACGAUACUGGUGUGGGACUUCCUCAACUACGGGGGCGCGUCCCCGCGCGAGGGGGCGGCGGGGGGGCCGGGCGCGGGGGCGGCGGCGGGGGGCGGGCCCGCGCCCGGCGCCGCCCCGCAGCCGCGCCCCCGCACCCCCGACCACGACAGGGACCUCUACGACUAGGAAAAACGAAAUCGCGUUAAGGACAACACUGGUUAUGUACGUCGCUGGAAUAUGUGGUUAUAGUGAAGUGCUAGUGAAGUGACGGUACCAAGAGGACAUACUCGGUAGCUGUUACUAGUGAAGUGGCGGUACCAGGGGAACAUAACUUGGU